UUUUUGUUUUUGUUUUACUUCUCUUUUCGCCAACUCCUCUUUUCUUUGUUGUUUCCUCAUUGACUUGACCUUUCCCAAAGUAUGCAACUUUGUUCCUACCGUUAGGUGAAGCUUAAAGAGACCAUGUUCCUUCUCAGACCCAGGAGACUCAUCUUACUUGAGUUUGCUCCUCCUCCUCCUCCUCUGCCUCUUCCUUCUACUGAUACUACACAGCUUCUUCACAAUGCUUUUUGUUCAAAGGAUGUUCCAGGAGCACAUCAUCCGCAGGGGCCGGAGGUACGUUAGAAGGCUUAACUCUUGGCUUUUGAACUCAACGAUGCAGUCUUAUUGGGAUGAGAUUGAAAAUUUCAAGAAUAAAGUGUUUGAUGAACUGACUACAAAAGAUGAGAAGGUGUUGGAGAUUGGUAUUGGGACAGGUCCUAAUAUGAGAUACUUCGCCGCUCGUAAUGUGAAUGUAACUCUUCUUGGGUUGGAUCCAAAUCCUAAAAUGAAGAAGUAUGCACGCAAAGCCGCUGUGAGAGCAGGAUUGAAUCCUAAAAACUUUAGAUUCAUGCAAGGAGUAGGAGAGGCUAUACCAUUAGAAGAUGGUUCUGUGGAUGCAGUCGUUGCAACACUUGUUCUAUGUACUGUUUCUGACGUCACUCAAACACUCAAUGAAAUCAAGCGAGUGCUGAGACCAGGAGGGAGUUUCAUCUUCUUAGAACAUGUGGCAGCAGAAGGUACAUUAAAUGGAUCUCUCUUCAGGCGUUUGCAGAAACUGUUGGAUCCAUUGCAGCAGAUAUUAGCAGAUGGAUGCCAUUUGACAAGAAACACGAGAGAGUGCAUCUUGGAAGCUGGUUUCAGCGGUGGUGCCGAAAUAGAGACGGUGUCGAUGUAUAGUUUCCCGUGGAUAACAAGACCUCAUAUCUAUGGAGUAGCUUACAAGUAAAACUAUACAUCAAGCAUCAGCUCUGCUCAAAUGUGCGAGGCUGUAGACGGGUUUUGUCCUAGGAUGCUUAACGGUGUUAGCCAGUCCUGAAGCUAGUGACUUCUGCUAUUGGUCUACAUCACUAGCUACUAGCUGACUUUUCUCCGGUAAUUUUUCUUUGGGUAGAGUAGUUAUAGGUGGAGUCGACGGUGGAACUUUUGUAUUAGAGGUGGAUGUAAUCAAUUUUCACAGUUAUGUUGAUGAAUUCAAAGAUCCCAUCUCUGCUACGAAAGAACAUAUAAAAAAAAUUGUAUUUAGGUUAAUGGUUGCUUAAAACUUGAA